AUGUCCGAUUCAGAGGAAGAAACAGCGACAGAUCAUCAGCUUAAGUUUGUUCUUUUAGGAGAUGGUGCAUCGGGAAAGGUAUUUGUGAUUGUUAGUCAUAAAGUAAAGCUUUUUUAGAUGAGUGGAGUUUUGUGUACAACUGUAUCACCACCAUUUAAGCUUACAUUUUGACGUCUUUUAUAAAAGUGUACUAAUGCACGAUUUUUGGGUUGUUUUUAAGACGUCCAUAUGUGUGAGGUAUUCGCAGGAAAAUUUUGACAAAGCCUAUAAGCAAACGCUUGGACUGGACUUCUUUUUGGCGAGGAUUGUUUUACCAGGUUCGUAUAUAAUACAGGUCAAAAAGAGUUUUUAAUCUAGGUUGAUCCUAAAUGUCCUUUGCCUCCUAAGGCUAGGGCAUGUAUGUUUAUAUAUUUUUGUGAUGAGAUGUAUAAAACUUAAAGCUAGUUUGACCCAAAGAGGGGUACUCCGGAUUUCAAUUGACAGGGAUGAUCAAACAAUUUUUUUGGGUAGGAAAAUUUUGGCAAGUAUUUUUUUGGGUAUUCAAAACUAAUGUUUCUAUUUUUCGUGUUAUAUCAGUUAAUGCUUUCUGGAAAUUUUUAUGGCUGGGAAAUUCGGGAUGGGAUUCUUGGGGGGUUAAAGUUUGGUCCAGGGAUUUUUUUGGGUUUUGUUUGAAGCCCUUGGGAUUUUUUUAGCUUAAUUAUAUCAUCAAUCCUUUAAAUGUGAAUUGUGGUUGUUUUGCUGGAGGCUGUUUGGAGAAGGCAGUAUGGCUGAGCGGUUAGAGCACUGGACUCGCAAUAUGGAGGUCCCAAGUUCAAGUCCCGCUCUGACUGCUCGCUGAAUUUGUUCACAGUAGUCCCAAGUUCAAAUCCUCAACCAUGCUUGUACAUGUAAAUAGCCAGCUGGUUUGCCAGGCCAGUUGGGAUUCUUAACCCUGUUAUGUUUGAUUUGAAUUAUUUGUUUCAGUCAUUUGCUCGGCCCAACUAGCAUAAGUGCUAUAAAUACUGCCGAGGGGAAUAAGGGAAUUAUUUAUUUAUUUAUUUACCAUAGGAAAUGUGCACGUCACUUUACAAGUGUGGGACAUUGGAGGACAAACUCUGGGUGGGAAAAUGUUAGAAAAAUAUAUUUUUGGAGCUCACGUAAGUUCUAAUUUCAGUAACUUUCUAUUUAAGUUACAUGUAUACAUAAUGAUAUCAUUGCAAAAUAGAAUUACAGUUGAACCUCCAUUAAUUGGUCAUUUAAGGCUGUUAAGCAGCCACCAUCCAUUCAACGGCAAGCAAUCAAAGUUUCAAAAUUGAUAUUGGAGAAAAUAAUUGUAAAUUAAACCUAUAUUAAGCAGCCACUUUUAUCAAAUGGCCAUGGCUACCUUUUGGCCAUCCCAACGGCGCCAAGAAGGUGGGUGCUUGAGGUAUGAUCCGUAGUAAAAAUUGAUAACUUUUCAAAAUUUUCAAGGUUUAGAUGAUUAGAUAGAGCUUGCGAGCAUGAAUUGAUCAAAAGUCCUUGUAAUUUUUAAGGCUUACUUUCCGGCAAAUGAAAUGAACUAAAUGUAAAAAGUGAAAUAGAAAUAGCAAAAAAUCAAACUUCUAAUUAAAUCUUUUCUUAUGGUUUAUAAUAAACUAUUCUCAAAACUGAGAAUGUUUUGAUCAAAGCUGUGUAAAUCGAACCGAAACUGUGCAUGGAACCUGGCGUUUAUUUCCUGUAAUUUAUCUCACCUAUUGUAUGGAAUAUGUGUGAACAUCUACAUUAUGAAUUGGUAUAUUUCAAAGAGCUACACAACGAGCAAGAAUACAGAAUGCAGUGUGAACUAUUACUAGUUUGUAUAUUUUUGCUAUUUAUAGGAUUAUGACAGCUAAAAAUGGUCACUUUGCACUAGACAGUUAACCCUAUUGACUCCUCUCACAUGGCCGGGCAGUUACAUAUAAGCACAAGUAACACAUGGUCACCAGCUAAAUUAUGGUUGCCAUGUUUUGUUGAGGGCUGCCCUUCCCUGAUAAUGUAGUAUGACAGUACUUGUAACAUAAAACAAAGCAGUCAAAAUCAAUGUAACCAAUACAGUUUUGGUAAUACAAGAAGAAAAAAGGCCAUACGUCUCAGUUGUUUUCUGAUAACUCAAUUAAUGGAUUGUAUAAAAAUUAUUGAUCUGUAUAGAUGUGCUUAAUUCUCUCUCACUUGUGACAUGAGGACAAGACCAAGAAACUUUGUUGUUCUUCAGGCGCCACUCGGAGGGAAAAGUUACUUUUCAAGCUACAUGAACAUUAUCAACUUUUCUUUUGCAGGCUGUAUUACUUGUCUAUGAUGUAACAAAUCAAAACAGUUUUGAUAACCUUGAAGACUGGUAUGAAACAGUGAAGAAACUUUGUGAUAAAGAUGGUUCUAAGUUGCCACACAUUGCCCUUGUAGCAAAUAAAAGUAAGUUGUAUUUAAAAAAAAACAGCUUCAUGUCCCCUCCUGAAAGCAAAUUAGGGGGCAUAAGACAUUAGCUCUUGGUUAAAGUAAAUCAUAUAGUGCCAAACCCAGGCAGCCUGAUAAUUAAUAAAGACAAACACAACAAAAUGAGUAUAAAGAGGCUCAUAACUGGAUAAAUUUUCCAGGGAUUAUUUGAAUAACACUUAUAAAACUACUAAAUUGGAAGUAAUUAUUUAUAUCGUACAAGCUGAAAACUAUGCAAACCAUGUGACCUAGUAAUUAAUAAUGAUUAAAACUUUAUUGCAAUGUAAUAUUAAUAUCUUUCAGUUGAUCUGGAACAUCAGAGAGUAGUAAGAUCAGACCGACAUGGGAAAUUUGCCCAAGAACACGGGAUGUCAAGGUAAGACAACACAAUACAUAACUUAAGAAAUAAUAAUGAUAAUAGCCCUUAGAAAUUACAUGUAAUAUCUCGCUUAACCAGGCAUGUUACUAUAGACUGGAUACUAGGGUUUUUCCCUGGCCUUUAUGAGCAUGAUCCCCAGUUACUUUCAAAGGAAAGAAAAGGCAAAAAGAACCAAAAGAACUUCCAACAUGUAAUUCUCCAAUUUUCUGCCUCCUAAUUAAAUAAUAUACACAACAAGUUGAAAUCUCAGUGACAGUCCUGCACUUUAGCUCAUGGUGCGUCCUUUCUGUGAAAAUGUGUUUCUUUUAAAUUUCUUAAUAAAAAUGUAGAAUUUUACUAAAUCACUAAACAGGGUUAUGCAACUUCACAAAUCAGGUAAAAAUUCAUUAAGUGAUUGCAAACCAAGAAUAUGACUACAACAAAGGUAUAGUUGUACAAGGAUGAAUUGCAGUUUAAACACAAUAGAAAAUACACUGUACAUGUACAUGUUAGCUCCAUUGUGGUAUCACAGCUAAUGUGUGUCUAGUAGUGGAGUCAUCCCAUUGAGUAGCUGGCACAGCCUUUGUCUCUAUUUAAUUCUAUAAUAUUAAAUUCUGUAAGACAAAAGAAAGGAAGACAUGCUGCUUUCUUUGCAGAUUGUUUAACCGUUGUAGGCUCUGUCACCACAAGUUUUGAAUAACACAAAUACUAAAAAAAAAAUCAUUAAAAUCAUAUGCUAAAAACAACAUUUAAAUCCUCAAACCCUGCAAGUUUAACAUGUUCAUUUACCUUUCAGUUAUUAUGUUUCUGCCAAGACAGCGGACCAGGUUAGAACACAGAAUAAUACGUUAUUGCAUUUAUUGCAGCUGUAGCUACAUUUUCCUUUUUACUCAGAAGAGCACUAUGGCACUUACUUGUUUAAGCAGUGCUUAUUUAGGGGCAACUACCUCUUUAAAAAAGCCUCAGUCUCUUUUGUGAAUGACACGGUGUCUUGUAAUCUCUUUCUUUUUCUUUCUUUUGGUCAAAAACCAUAACUGCAUGAAGACAUCUAACAUGUCUAAUUUGACAAUUUUUACCAAUAACAAUAAGGCAAUGCGGGAUUUACUUCUUUAUAGUAUUUUUUCUGAGUGCAAUGCUUAUUUGGAGCUUAUUAUGGGCUGCACCACACAGAUCGGUUGGAAUGACAGUGGUCUGCUGUAUGGAAAGUCGUGAGUUCAAACUCCAGGCAGACUGCCAACCUGUGUUUUGCAAAAACUGCUAAGGCCACACUGACUGUGAUUUGAGACCUUAUCUCAGUUGAGAAGGGCAAGUUGUUAACUAGCCACCGGCCUUGUGUCAUUCAAACCCACCCGAUUGUUUGAAAGCAGUUGGUCUAUCAUCUCAAGCGGUGUUUAGGGAAGGAACUUUUUCAGGCCCACAGUAAUUGGUGCAAGCAGCUAUACCACAUGAUUCUGAUGAAACUUAAAUAGGACUUAUUACGUGGAGAGACUCUUUCAAGUAAAUUCAGUACUGUUCAUGAGAUACUUUCUUUUACGUGUUUCAUACACCAUAUUCCAUAUGGCAUCAAAUUUUAUUAUUGUUUUGUCUUUGAUUCAGACUCUUGAUGCCUUGUUUCCAAGUAAAAUUUCUCUUGAAUUCUGCAUGUCAACUUUAGGCUAAUUAACAAAACAGAAAUAAAAAGUAACAUUUCUAACACCUUUGGAAUAAAGUGCAAUGAUUUAGCUAAUAACUGAAUAAAAUUGUAUCAAUUUCAGAUCAGCCUCUGCUUUCAAAAAAUAGCUGCAGAAAUAUUGGGAAUUAGGUUAACAAAGAAUGAAAUGGAACAACAGUCUGUAUCCUUUAAUAAUAGUGUUCACAAUAAUUUUUAGUAAUUGUUUGUUACUUUCAUGCAUGAAAAAGGUUUUGAGGGAGUCAAAAUUUUGUUUGUUUUUAAUUGUUCUUUUUUUUAAUGCAACAUAUUUCAUUUUAAACUGUAAACGGUCUGAACCCAGGAGUCAUUUCAUAAGUAGGUGGAAUAUGAUCGUCCAGCUGAGUGUACUCCUGAAUAGGACUGUUGUUGACAGUGACUGACGUUUCGACAACUUGCGUAGUAGUCAUUUUCAAAGUCAAAGUGAUUUGUAUCACAUCAGUUUAUGGUAUUAAGCUCUGGUUACGAUGUGGUUAAAAUUCCAACACUUAUGAUCUUUAAGAAUUUAGAGUUCUGGCCCCAGUUGUUCAAAAGAUGGAUAGCGGUAUCCACCGGAUAAAUCUCUAUCCAGUGGAUAGUGCAAUUGGUUUCCCUAAUACUUAUCCGCUAGAUAGUAAUUUAUCCAAUGGAUAGCGCUAUCCAGCUUUUGAGCAACUGGGGCCAGGUAUUUAAGGGACUAACACAAAGUUGAACUGGAGGUGGAUUCAUUUCCACAAUACAUAUUUAUCACUGUUGCAUUCAAUAAAAAAUUCCCAAUUAUGGGCAUACAUUUGCCUAGUCCCUGUGCGACAUCUUCUGUACAGGGACUAGGCCUUCUAGGUCAAUGCAUUUUGGUGAUGUACCUGAGACUAACAGCCUCCUCUCACUCAGACCACAAGACCCGAGACGCAUAGGGCCCUAGAGAAAAGUGAGGCCUAGGGACUAGGCAAGACAUACAUGCAGACGAUACACAUACAUUGCACCCUAAGUAAAUUAGAAAGGCAUGUGUGAGCAACAAAAAAGCUCACCAAAAUCAUUGGAUCUUUGUAACUUUGUCAUUAUUUUAUUACCAUGCAUGAAAACUUGGAUUGUCAUGAGGUCUUGUUCAUUUAGGUCUAGAUAAUCAAGUUUUGACUUUAUUACCAAGAAAUGUUUGAGUUCAUUCUUAAGAUUUUCCUUGACCAUUUUGCUUUCAGAGAGUUAUUAAGGCUGAUAUCAUUCAAUACAGCAACCAUGAAAUGCCUUCAAGAGCAGCACCCACUCAAACAAAGAGUUCAAUUUGUUCACUUCAGUGA